UUCUGGUCCAAAUUCCAAUACUCUGUUUUUGUGUUACUUUUGUUUGUGUGCGUUUUCUUGUUGAAUCACGGUUUACUGCUUCACACUCUCUCUGUCAAAUGCUGACUAUGGAAACCCUAGCCCUCACGCCCCGUCAACUUCCGUCAACUCUCCGAUUUGCUGCUCCAUUGUCCGUUAACUUUAGCGGGAGAAUCUCAUGCUCAAGGCCAAGCUCCGUCACCCUACUCGGCUCGGGCUCGCGUGCCCGUGCACUCAGAUGCUCGGCUCAGUGUCCUCCGUCAUUUGUUGAAAAUUCAGAAGAGUUUUUUGAAGCUUCCAAGAAGGGGAAUUUGAUUCCUCUAUACCGAUGCAUAUUCUCUGAUCACCUAACUCCGGUGCUUGCAUACCGGUGUUUGGUGAAGGAAGAUGAUAGAGAUGCUCCAAGCUUUCUGUUUGAAUCGGUUGAGCCUGGUUUGGGGGGUUCCAGUAUUGGACGGUAUAGUUUUGUUGGAGCUCAGCCGACAAUAGAAAUUGUGGCCAAAGAGAAUAUGGUUACAAUUAUGGACCAUGAGGAAGGGCGUAGGACAGAGGAGAUUGUGGAUGAUCCAAUGACGGUUCCUCGAAGAAUCAUGGAGGGAUGGAGACCCCAACUUGUCGAUGGACUUCCAGAAGCGUUUUGUGGUGGAUGGGUUGGUUACUUCUCAUAUGAUACUGUGCGCUAUGUGGAGAGCAAAAAGUUGCCAUUCUCUAGUGCCCCACCUGAUGACAGGAACCUUCCUGAUGUUCAUCUUGGCCUUUACGAUAAUGUGAUUGUGUUUGAUCAUGUGGAGAAGAAAGCAUAUGUGAUUCAUUGGGUGCGGAUGGAUCAAUAUUCUUCUGCUGAAGAGGCCUUCAAUGAUGGCAUAAAGCGUCUGGAUGCUUUAGUAUCUAGAGUACAUGAUAUAGUUCCCCCAAAGCUUCCUGCUGGUUCAAUAGAGUUAUGCACUAAUCUCCUUGGUCCUAAAUUGGAAAUGUCAAGCAUGACAAGUGAGGAGUACAAAGAAGCAGUAUUGCAGUCUAAAGAACAUAUUUUGGCUGGUGAUAUAUUUCAGAUUGUAUUGAGUCAGCGUUUUGAACGAAGAACAUUUGCGGAUCCAUUUGAAGUCUAUCGAGCUUUGAGAAUCGUCAAUCCUAGUCCGUACAUGACCUAUUUACAGGCUAGAGGGUCUAUCUUGGUUGCGUCAAGUCCAGAAAUUCUUACACGUGUGAAGAAGAGAAAGAUCACUAAUCGACCACUUGCUGGUACGGUUAGAAGAGGGAAGACACCUAAAGAAGAUUUAAUGCUCGAAAAAGAGCUUUUAAAUGAUGAAAAGCAAUGUGCAGAGCACAUUAUGCUAGUUGACUUGGGGAGGAAUGAUGUUGGAAAGGUCUCCAAACCUGGUUCUGUUAAGGUUGAAAAGCUCAUGAACAUCGAGCGGUAUUCCCAUGUUAUGCACAUCAGCUCAACUGUCACUGGAGAGUUACUUGACCAUUUAACUAGUUGGGAUGCUCUGCGUGCUGCCUUACCUGUUGGGACUGUUAGUGGAGCACCAAAGGUAAAAGCAAUGGAGUUAAUAGAUCAACUGGAAGUCACAAGACGCGGGCCGUAUAGCGGUGGAUUUGGAGGCAUUUCAUUUUCUGGAGAUAUGGACAUUGCCCUCGCUUUGCGAACCAUAAUUUUCCCCACUAAUGCUCGUUUUGACAUGAUGUUCUCAUACAAAGAUGAAAACAAGCGCCGAGAAUGGGCUGCUCAUAUUCAAGCUGGGGCUGGAAUUGUGGCUGACAGUGAUCCUGGUGAUGAGCAGAGAGAAUGUGAGAAUAAAGCUGCUGCACUUGUCCGUGCCAUUGAUCUUGCAGAGUCUUCAUUUGUGGAGAAAUGAGUGAGAUUUUAUCCAUUUAUAAAUUUUUUGUUUUUUUCAUCCAUAGCUCCAUUUUUAGCCUGAAGGAUGAAUGGAGCUCCUUAAUAUGUAAAUGGUGGGAGCUUAUGUUUUUGGUGUAGUUAAAUUUCAUUCUUUCCCUAGUGGUUUGAUGAUUGGUUAACCUGCCUGUAUUGGGUGCAAGUUUUGGAAAAAAUGUUAAAAGGACUUUGCCAAUUAAGUUGGUACACCCA